CCCCCGGCCGGGACCGCGCUGGGAAGGGGGUCCCGAGCAGAAGGAAGGAGCAUCCGCCGGCCGGAAGAGUGGGCGAGCGCGGCGCGCCCCUCGCCCGCCCGGGCUCCGCGCCCGGCGUCGCCGACGUGGCGGGGACCGUGCACCGCGCGGCGGGCCCGGGCCGUGCGCGGCGGCGGGCGGAAUGCGGCCGGCCCGCGGCCUGAGCGCCUCCGAUGGCCCGCGGCGCGGCGGCCUGCGGGAGCGACGCGCGCCUGUCCCUGGGCCGGGAGGCGGUGCGCCCGGCGCCCGCGCUGCUGGUCCCCGCCGUGCUGCUGGGCGCGGCGCUCGGAGUCUGCUGCGGGCUCUGGCUCGGCUGCCGCGCCGGCCGCCCGCGGCCCCGGCACCAGAAAGACGAUGCUCAAAGUCUGCUCAAGAAUCUGGAGUCUGACGUACACACCCCCUCGGAAGCUAGCUCCCCACCAAGGAGAUGGAAGAGAGAAGCGCAGACUUCAAAGGGCGAAGGGGCUCCAGACGAAUGCGAGCCGCCUUUUAACAGCAAUGUCACAGCAUUUGCACUGAAGGCAAAAGUCAUCUAUCCCAUCAAUCAAAAAUUCCGGAAUCGUGGCCUCCUUCGUUGUACCCCACGAAGUCACAGUGCCGUUUCUGUCCUGCCGCCCCAGCCUCUGGCCGACGGAUCCUCCAACCCAUCCCUGCAUGAGAACCUACAGCAGCCCGUCCUGCCGAACCAGCCGGCGGAGGCCUCCCCAUGCAGCAGCCUGGGGAGCCUGAGCCAGGCCGAGAAGGGCGACUGCAGCUCCUCGUCCAGCAUUCACUCGGCCACCAGCGACAACAGGUUCCUCAGCCGCGCCUUCGUCCAGGUGAACACCUUCCCCCAGGUGCUCACCUGUGACAGUGUAGACAUUAACUUGUGCAUCUAUAACCUCCACUUAAAAGAUCUGCUGCGUUUGGACACAGCACUGAGGCAGGAAAAGCACAUGAUGUUUAUUCAGAUUUUUAAAAUGUGCCUCGCUGACCUUCCAAAAAAGAAGUCUGAUGAUGAAUUAUACCAGAAGAUUCUUGCAAAACAAGAAAAUGAUUUGGAGGAAUUAGAAAAGGAACUUCAGUCCAAACUCUCAAACACGGAAAUGUUGGGCGCUGGCGACUCGGAAUACAUCACACUGGCAGAUGUGGAAAGGAAGGAGAGAGAGUUCUCCGAGCAGCUGAUAGACAAUAUGGAAGCUUUCUGGAAACAGAUGGAAAACAUCCAGCACUUUCUUGUGGACCAAUUUAAGUUUUCCAGCUCCAAAGCCCGACAGCUCAUGAUGAAUGUAAUGGAAAGAAUGAUUGCAGCCGAAGGGCUGUUGCACGAGUCUCAGGAUUUGCAGGCUCUGGACACCCUGGAGAGAACCUUGAGGCGGGUGCACAUGGCAAAAGCAGUUGAGAGCCUGAGGCUGCAGAUCCAGGAGGAGACCAAGUGCCGCCUGGCCGCCAUUGCCCACAGCCUGGGUCUGCUGAGUGGGGACGGGAAGCUCUCGGGGCGGCAGAAAGAGGAGCUGCUGGCGCAGCAGCACAAGGCCUUCUGGGAGGAGGCGGAGAGCUUCAGCCGGGAGUUUGUCCAGCAAGGUAAAGACCUGGUCAGGGCACGGCUGGCCCACCAGGCGGAGGAGGUGGACAGGCUCAAGCUGGCCCAGGACGAGGAGCGGAGAAGCUUCCUGGCCGAGGCGCAGCCGACCGCCGACCCCGAGGAGUUCCUCCAGGCUUUUCACGAGGUCCUGGAGAGGCAGAGGCUGACGCGCAGCGACCUGCAGGAGGAGGAGGACGUCAGGAGCACCGAGGCCCUGGCUGCCCUCUGCCAGGAGCUGUAUCACAGCACCAUGGGAACCUUCCAGAAGUUUGUGGACAUCCUUUUCCUUCAGACGCUCUCUGACAUGACCAGCCUACCCCAAGCAGAGUGUGAGUACCUGGGCCGGGAGGCUCAGGAGAACGCCGCCUGGCAGCUGGGGGCAUCAGACCGCUUCCGGAAACAGCAGUGGAGGCUCUUCCAAGAUCUCCUGGAGCAGGAAAAGCAGCUGUGGAUGGAGGAGCACGCCCUGUCUACCGUGCUGCACACACAUCUGCGGGAGAGCCACGAGAGCACUGUCCGCGGAGCCCUGGGCCGACUCGGAGGCCUCAGCGAAGAGUCCACACGGGGCGUCCUGCAGGGCCACGACCUGCUCCUGCGCUCAGCCCUCCGGAGGCUGGCUCUCCGCGGCAGUGCCGCCACCACCCUGACCCGGAUGAGGCUGUCCGGGAAGCAGAGCCUCCUGCAGGAGCUGCGUGAGCAGCACGCCCUGGAGCAGGGCUCCUCACAGUGUCUGGACGAGCAUCAGUGGCAGCUGCUCCGAGCCCUGGAGGCGCGUGUCCAGGAGGAGGCUGGCAGGCUGGAGGAGGAGGCCCAGCAGACGCGGCUGCAGCUUCACCAGCAGCUCGUGGCCGAGGCCCGGGAGGCCGGGCGGCUCCUGCAGCAGCACAUGGAGCGGGCCAUUGGGCAGGCCCUGCUGGGCCACGCUCGGAGUGCAGCCACCAAGAGCCAGGCCAAGGACCGGGACAACGUCAAGAGAACGCUGCUGGAGGCGGCCGUGGAGAGUGUCUACGUGACCAGCCCUGGUGUCGAUCGGCUCGUGCAAGCCUAUGACCAGCAAAUCCAGAGAGUCAUGCAGGAGCACGAGGAGAGAAAGCUGCAGCAGCUGAAGACCCUGCAGGGUGAAAGAAGGGAAAAUUACCAGCUGCGGAAAAAGCAGGACCUGAGUGGUCCUUCGCCGGUGGGCACCAUGGCCAGUGGAGCCCAGGACACCUCCCGCGCAGUCGACCAGAGGCUGUUGUUGCAGCAGAAAAGGUUCCUGGCACAGUUCGCCGUGCACCAGCACACGCGCCUGGACACGCGGAAGCAGGAGGCCAGAGUCCUGGACAGCCUGGAAGCCCAGCUGGAGACCCAGCUGCAGGACACCGAGCAGAGCUUCAUCUCAGAGCUGGCAGCCUUGGCCCGAGUGCCCCUUGCGGAAAGCAAACCCUCCUCGAAUAAGCGAGGGCUGUCGGAGAAGCCCCUAAGGACCAAAAGGAAGAAGCCCCCUCCCCGGGAGAGAGGGGACCCGGGGGGCCCCAACGACGAGGACCCUGCCUCUGGGGGCCACACCUUAGGAUCGCUCAGCAGCAAAAGGCCGAGUCAGCCUGAAAGUGAAGUUGGUGAAGGUGAGAGCUCAAAGAAGAUGCUAAAGAAAAGAAGCAACUUGUAGUUUAAGGCCAGUCGGGAGGUACCAAGGGGGAGCCGAGAAUCCUGGACCAAGAAGCUGGGUCUGAAGACUGCUGCUCCUUCCCCAGCCGGGGAGAGACGAAGACCCUGACAGGGGACAGGGGAGCCACCUCUUGCGGACAGUGGGGUCCCCCCUGCCUGCCUCACAGGGCUGCUGUGAGUGGAUACAAAAGGACCUUAAAAAAGCACAAAUAAGGAUGAUGGGCCUGACCGCCUGGGAAAACUCAGAACCUCAGUGCUUGGAAAUGUCUGCGAGUUUCUCAUCUCCAAGCUCUGGCCCCACUGCUAAUGAACCUCUUCCUUCCUUGGGAAAGCCCCCCUUCCCUGGCCGUGGGUCUCUACUCUGCGGCUGGGUCCUGAUGCUGCCCCUCCAGUCUUCCCCGUUCCCCAAGUGGGGGCUGGCUCUCCCACACCGUUCCCGGUCGUCUCUCUGUGACCCGGGGCCACUCUGCCCUCCCGCCGUCCCCACCAGCUCCUCCCUGACCCUGCUGGUGUUUUCUGGGCUCGACGCCUUGGUCUCUGCCAUCUCAGUAACCCCGUGCUCUCCCUCAUGCCCGUGGCCAGUGGCCACCACUGUCUCUGAUCGGGACCAGCUCCCCUCAUCCAGUUCAGCCUGCAGCCGAGGCCUGGGCACGAAGGUCUGAGUCUCGGGGCCCUGAGACCCUCACAGACACGUGGCCGCCUGGGACCCGCGGCCCCGAGAUACAUAGCAACAUCUGCAGCGACCUUCUCCAGGGGCACGUAGAGGGCUUGCAGAGAGGCUGCCCCACCCUUGGACAUUGCGUCAGAGGGGAGAGGGCUCCUGCGCCAGGCCGCCGUCCCUCCCCUGAAGAUGCAUGGUCCUGGGGCGGCUCUUCUCCCAGUGAAGGGACAACUUCCAGAAGCUGCCAGCCCGGCCGUGCCCAUCAAACCACUUCCAGGAGAGACCUUUCCUACCUAUAGAGAAAAGUGCCUCUUCAUCUAGGUCAGGGCUCUCAACCUCAGCACCACGGACGCUUGGGGCUGGAUAAACCUUUGUGGUGGGGGCUGUCCCUUGCGUGGAAGGCUGGCAACAGCACCCCUGGCCUCCGCCUGCUGCCCAUUGUCCCACAGUUGUCAUCAGAGGUUGAGAACCUCUGAUCUAAGUCAGUUCAGUGACCACUUAAUAUUUCCACAAAAUCCCAGAAUGUGGAGGGCACCACAGCCUGGGAGCCUCUGUCCCAGGGAUUUUCGGGACCAUUCAUGACCUGAAUUGUUACUUUUUAAACCCUAAACUAGACUCUGUUGGUCGGGAACAGAGUGGCCCCGUAACAGAAUUCCCCAUGUGGCCGCUCAGCCAAGCUGCUUGUCCCCUGCAGCCUCUUCCCGGUGGCCCAGGCGGGAUUUCCGAAACUGGCAGGCAGUGCCCCCUGGUGCUGCACUAAGUAUCCCACUACUCGGUGGCGUUUAGGAAAGCAAAGGCUUCCUUUGUGCAAUAGUUUCAGAAUCGGGUUGCACAGAAACCCCUUUUCUGCCCCGGCGCUCUAUGCACAGAGCCGUGCUGGACGCAGGUGGCUCCCACGUGGGGAAGGUCCGACUCUGUGUCUGGAGUGUGGUCAGUGCAGCCUCCGGCCAGCGCCGGGUCAGCCCAGGUCACCCAAGCCUCCCUGUGAGCAUGGGUUUGAAGCUGGCACAGCCAGUCCUGUCCUCAAAGAAGCCUGCCCGGCCGCCCCGCACCCCCCGCAGGCCGACCCAGUUGGGAGCACCCGUGGCUGCUCGUGGCUGUUAGUUUUGCUUGUACCUGUAGCUCCCUUAGCCGAGGGGGACGUGUCACCUGCUGCUGUACCCUCCCCGCCCGCAGCCCCCAUCCAUGCUGGGCAGUUUGGGGCACCUGAAUCUCAGUAAAGACUCAUGGACUGA